CACACGCAAACCUGGACUUAAACGUCUUCACCAAUACUCAGGUAGACACAUCCUCUCCGGCUCUCCAAGUGGGAAUUGAGAUACUUGAACAGGAUUCAACACCAACCUCAAACUAUUUCAGCUGAGGAGUUUUUCAUGUUUGAAAGUUGACUCAGCGUUUAUUAAAGGCUGACGUUGUCCUCAUUACGACCUACUGCGUCCACACCAUCAGUUGAGCAGCUCACUCCAAGGAUCUGAAUGAUAAUCUAAACAGCUGAACACAUAAAUAGCCGCGGUGUGGCCUCUUAUGGCUGACAGUAACGCGGUGACAACAACUGCGCCCCUCCUCAUCAACCUCACAGGCAACACCUCCACGCCCGCCACUGUGCAGGUGGCCAAGGUGAUCAGCUGGUUGACCUUCACUUUAGGGCUGCCUGUGAUUGGACUGGCCCUUUACGCCCUCAAGAAUCUGUCCAAAGGUGAGAAUAAAGUUCCCAUGCACGUCAUGUUUCUCCUGGUUUCCGACGUCAUCAGUUUCUUCGGUCGCCCAACUGUGGAUGAGGACAUGGAGAACGGGACCUUCCUCUCCUCCAACGCCACCGACUUCAUCUUCUAUUUUGGCGUUGUCUCCAACAUCACCCUCAUGCUGUUCAUAGCCCAGGAGCGUCACCUCCUGGUGGCUUACCCGCAGUGUCUGGGCUGCUGCAGAAAUAUCCGUCAGUCUCCUGCGGUGGUCUUGAUAGCGUGGGCUGCUCCAUUUGCCGUCCUGGCCCUGGCCGUGCUCAAGUACACCCUCUGGUUUGCAGUGGCUCUGCUCAGCCCUUUCCCCUUCCUCCUCUUCUUCGCUGUGGACUCCUGGAGAGCCCUGAUGUGCUCCCAAUCCAACCCUCCAACACCAGAGAGGAGGAGGACGGUGUGGGGGAUCGCUGCUAUCUGGGCUAAUUACACCAUCCUUUACGUCCCCUUCAUCCUCAGCGUCCUCCUGGAGGCGCUGUCCUUUAAGGAGGCGGUGCGCUACCUGGGGUUGGUGUCUCACCUGCUGCUCUACCUCAGCCCUCUGGUGGACCCCUUCCUCUAUAUAUUCAUGACCAAAGGACCCAAAGAGGUGCUGCAGGCACUGCCCUGCUGUCAAAAGUCAAAACAGAAAGAGAGCCAGAGACCCACUGUGGAAACUGUGGCUGAGACUGUGGAGACAAGACUUUGAGGAGGGACAUACAAGAUUCCCAAACGCACCCUUUGGUUGAGUUUGGGACAACUCAGACAGAUACUGAAACCAUUGUUCAGUCAUGGACAACGACGUCAAGGAAUGCAAAUUACUGCAACAUCUUCACGGCCCACAGGUUGGGAACCACGGCUCUAACUUUUCUUUAUGCUGAAAAUGUCUGUACGCUCAACUUAGUACUUCCUACAAUGCAAUGUAAUGGCUUUCUUCUUUUUACUCUGCAACACGCACUUUAUCAUAUCAUAUCAUAUAUCAUUUCCUUUUUUUUUGCACUCUUAUUUUCGUGAACAUACUGAACUCUAAUGUUAAGUGUUUUUGUAUUGAUGUGUUUUUUGUUUUGUGGGCCUCGAAGAAAUGUUACUUCAUUGAAUAUCCAGAGAGACUGACAUAUUGGCUAACAGUGAUUUUGCCGCAGUGACUGUCAGCAGUUUUUAAGGUGACCCUGUGGAGCCCUGCCAUGAAAUUUGUCUUUCAUCUAAUUAAAUUUAUGGUAGUUGAUAACACAGCUGCAUAUAGUUUCAGACAAUUUUAUGUAUAUUUAGCUAAUAUGAAAUCAUAUUAUUUAAUUACAUUACAGUUGGUGGUGUUUUUAUCAUUCAGAUCAAAUAAAACACAAUUGUAGAUGAACUGGUUUCAGAUUUAAUUUAUUCAGUU